AUGAUGGGGCCGAAUGUUCUCUCUACUAUCGACGCUAUGAAGCUCUGUAAUGAGGGCAAGCCCAAGCUCUUCUCAUUCGUUUCCUCAACUUCGACCCUCGAUACCGACUACUAUAUCAACCUGUCCGGCGCCCAGACCGCUACGGGCCGAGGCGCCGUCCUUGAGUACGAUGACUUGCUCCCCAACCGCACCGGUCUCGGCACCGGCUACGGGCAAACCAAGUGGGUGUCUGAGCAACUCGUUCGCGAGGCCGGCCGCCGUGGUCUCCGCGGCGCAAUCGUCCGACCAGGCUACAUCCUUGGCAGUCGCAACAGUGGUGUCUCGAACACCGGCGAUUGGAUCGUACGCCUCUUAAAAGGCUGUUGCCAGCUUAGUGCUCGUCCUCGCAUCAUCAACUCAGUCAAUGCUAUCCCUGUCAAUCACGUCGCAUGCGUUGUUGUCGCUUCGAUGCUAAACCCUCUCCCUGGCAUGAACGUGGUGCACGUUACUGCUCACCCCCGUCUGCGGAUGAACAAGCUCCUCUCUGCACGAAGCUACUACGGUUAUAAAGUCCCCGAGGUUAACUACGACAUCUAG